GCCACUGAGGAUGCAUAGGCACCAGAAAUUGUUUUUCAGCACUUUAGUGGUCACCUAGUUCCUUCUUCAGUUCGAGAUCAAGUGUUUUAAAAUGCUGAAAUAUUUACUAAUAUCAUGUUUUUUUCUGUUUGUUCAUUUGAAAAUUAGAGAAACUAAAGGGAAGAAACUCGAUUUAGCUUACGAUAUUUACUUUCCAUCUAGUGAGGAGGAGUCCGACUUACCUCCUAUUGUUUUAAUCCAUGCAUUUUUAGAUUCCAAAAAUACUUGGAAAUAUGUAGCGCAACCUUUAGCAGACAAAACUGGACGAACAAUAUAUGCUUACGAUGUUCGCAACCACGGAGACAGUCCAUGGACAUCAGAUUUCAAUAUAGAAAUCUUGGUGGGAGAUUUGAAAAAUUUCCUUGCUUUGCAUAACAUUUCUGAAGCCAUACUGGUUGGCCACAGCCUGGGCGGCAGAACAGCCCAGACACUUGCUUUAACAGAGCCUGAAAAGGUUGAGAUGUUGAUUGUAGAAGAGAUGGGAAUGGCAGACUUGACUUCAUUACCAGACAUUGCUACUGGGUUUCUUAUCAGAGUAUUGCGAAAAUCGUUGACUGUUAUCCCUCCUGAUGCCGACGAAGAAACAGCAUUAGAGGCUUUAAUGAACUUUAUUUGGAAGGUUUUGCCAGGAAGCUUCGCACCUAAAAGAGCAUUUGACGAUAUUACUUUACCUGUUAAGAUUGUCGAAGGAAACAUCACUUGGAAAGCAAAUCUCGAUGUCCUAGAAAAAAGUUACCGUGAUGGAAAAUUAGGCAAUAAUUUAACAGGAACAUAUGAAGAAGAUGCUCUGUAUAUUUACGGUACUAAAUCCAUAGCAAGAAUUGACCAAGAAAAGGACCUCAUAAAAGAGCAUUUUCCCCGAGCGCAGCUUCUUGGAUUCGUAGGAGGAAAUCAUCUCGUUCAUCAUGAAUAUCCGGAGGAUUUUGUACGAGAAAUUGUCCGGUUCAUCACUGGUUUUAUUUCGCCUGAAUCAACAUGCUGGUCAGCUUCGGAGAUUGAGAAAUAAUCAAUGUUUGGUUAUUGAUACUAAAUAUAAAAAAGGAUUAGGUAUACAAGGAGUGCUCAAAAAGUUUCAAGAUUAACCUGAGAAUACAAUAUUUAUUAAACAUUUUUGUACAGCGAACUAAAAGUCUUUGAAAUAUGACCCUUGAGCAUCAACACACCGCUGCCAGCGUUUUUGCCAUUGUUCAUAGGUUCUCUGAAAGUCUUCGGGUGCAAGGUUGUUAUACCAUUCAGUUUUUUUUUUUUUUUUUUUCAA